AUGACACUAUAUUUUGUUCGAUCCUGGGUCUUGCGACUGUUUUUGUUUUUCUUCCUCGCCCUUUUUUGUAAGACGGAUCUGAAACAUGGCUACUCAAUGCUACAAUAUGGUCACAAACUUGAGAGAAGGAUGAUAACGUCGUAUGAUAAAUACAGUAUUCUGCAUUGUGUGGAAGAUUGUUUGAGAACAACACGAUGUCGGUCCGUCAACUACCACCAGGGAGCCCACUUCUGUCAGACCAACUUUGAAGACAGGACAACUGUACCUGAUCUGUAUAUGAAGAAGUCUGGCUGGAUAUACAGUGAUAUAGAAGACUGGGACAAGGGUAUUGCUGGAGCCUGUUCUGUGUCAAAUUGUUCCCUCAAUGAAAAGUGCAUCUCUCAACCUUUUGGACAGUAUACAUGCGUCCUGUCAGAUUGUGGAAUUCCAAGUAACGAAGGUUUCUCAAUGGAAGAUAUACAAGAAUGGGAUGCCAUAGGAAUAGCAAGAGGAAUUCAUAUCAGAUGCGCUCUCGGCUUCAACCAACAAGGGUCUGAGUUCUUUGUGUGUAGAUCCAACGGAUCUUGGAGGAUGGAUUUAAACUGCACCUUAAAAACAUGUCCAGUUGGGUACAAGGAAGCGGCGUCAAAUGUCACCAAAACUUGUCUGCGAUUUGUUGACACGCCUACAUAUUAUCCUAACGCAACUCUCGACUGCCAAGAGGAUGAUGGGAAUUUGAUUAAGCUAGACACCGAACCAUUGAAGAAUAUCUUCUUGAAAUUUAUCGAUGGUUACAUUGAUAAGACUACAAAUAACAACAUAUGGAUUCAGGCUGAAGAAGACGGUGAAGGUAUUUGGAGAUUUCAUGAUGGUUCAACUCUGCCGGACUUCCUGAAAAGAGAUAUGAACGAAACAAAUGAUCGUGGCGAAAUUUAUCUAAGAUAUGUUAUUGACAAACAGCAGUUCUGGGACAUAUACGCAAAUAUACUUUUUAGUUACAUAUGUGAAUAUAGAAUUUACUGAUUUAUAGAAAUAUAAAUGUGGCAAGCUUCGAAUUAUAAGCAAGAUACAGAGAUUUGCUCACAAUUCUAUGUACAUGUAUGUACACAUAUCUUAAAAACUAAAGAUUAAAAAAGUUAAAAAAUUGUCAAUAUUAAUUAAGAAAAUUUUCAAAGUCUGUUCUUCCCGAAACCAACGUUAACAAUUUAUUGUAUUGUAAACUUAACCUUUUUUCGUCAUUAUUACGCUUACUGUACAUGUGAUCAUUGACUGUGCUUGUGUACAUUUGUAUAAACUGAUUUUGAACCUCAAAUACCAGUGAACUGGUCUUGAGUGAAAAAAAAAUUGGAAAUCUUAGGCCAUUCUAUUUUUCCAUUUUAAAUGCUGAAUAGGAAAUACCAAGUUAAAAAUCUUAAGCUGAAUGUUAUAAAUUCAUGUGAACAAAAUAUGACUCAA